AUGCGUUUUCUCUCCACCGUCUUGACGGCGGCUCUGGCCACCCAGGGCGUCGUCGCCAGCUCGUGGUUCUCCAAGGCCGCUUACAACAAGUGGCAUGAGACGGAACUCGAGCGCUGGCUAUCCGACCACGACGUCCCGUACCCUACACCCGCGGACCGCAAGGAUCUCGAAAAGCUCAUCCAGGAUAACUGGGAGAACUACGCCGUCAAGCCCUACAACUCGUGGGACGCUGAUAGCCUCCAAAGCUACCUCAAGGCCAAGGGCGUCGAGACACAGAAGGGCGCCGAAGCCACCAAGGACUCCCUCAUCAACCAGGUCCAGUCCUCCUGGUACGAGACGGGCGACCAGGCCCAAACCGCCUGGACCAACGUCAAGGACUGGAUCUUCGACACCUGGACCGACAGCGAGCUGAAGGAAUUUGCCGACAAGCACGGCAUUCCUGUUCCCCAACCCCGCAAGCGCGACAGCCUUCUCCAGAAGGUCCGCUCCAGCUACGAGACCGUCGCCCAGAAGGCCAAUGGUGCCGCUGCCUACCCCGGCAACUGGCUGUACGAGACCUGGUCUGAGUCUGACCUGAAGGAGUGGCUCGACACUCACGGUUUCCCCGCUCCCCAGCCCUCCAACCGCGACCGUCUCAUUGCCUCUGUCCGCCGCAACUCCCGUCUCGCCGGCCUCAAGCUCCAGGACCAGGCCGCCAGUGCCACCGCCAGCGCCCAGAAGACCUACGCCACUCUGACUGACCAGAUUAUUGACGCCUGGAGCGAGUCUCAGCUCAAGGAGUUUGCCGACAAGAACGGCAUCAGCGUCCCCCAAGGUUCCAAGGUCAACGAGCUUCGCGCCCUAGUCCGCAAGAACCGUGCCGACUUCCUCAACGACAACAUCUCCGGAAAGGCCGCCAGCGCCUACGGUGCCGCCACUUCAAGCGCCGGCAACCAGUACGCUCAGGCUACCGACUCGGCUUCAGCUGCUGCUCAGGAGGCUUUUGGCGAGGCCGUCAACUUCUGGUCCGAGAGCCGUCUCAAGGGCUACCUCGACGCUCGCGGCAUUCCCGUUCCCCAGGGCUCCAAGACUGAUGAGCUCCGCGCUCUUGUCCGCAAGAACUCUCACAAGGCUGCCACUGGCUGGAGCGCCUGGACCUACGACGACUUUUCGCUUGACAACCUGAAGUCGUACCUCGCCAAGAACGGUGACGCUGCCUCCAAGAAACUCACCGAGAAGAAGGACGUAACCCGUGACGAGCUCGUCAGCGCUGCGCAGUCUGGCUACGCCUCUGCUUCUGCUGCCGGCGGCGAUACGUACGCCUCCGUCACAAGCUACUUCGCCCAAGCUACCGGCUCUGCCAAGGGCACCGUCUUUGACACCUGGAGCGAGAGCGAGCUCAAGAGCUACCUUGACAGCUAUGGCAUCCCCGUUCCUCAGACCUCGACUCUUGAUGAGCUUCGUGCCGCCGCCCGCAAGAACUACAACUACUUCAAGCACGGCACCUCAUCGCCUUCGGAGACCAUCUUCGCUAAGAUUGGAGACUCUGUCCGCGACACCUUUGCCUGGUUCGCUCACCAGGUCGGCAUCGGCGCUGAUGCCGCUGAGAAGAAGGCCUUCGAGGCUGAGAAGAAGGCCAAGGCCGAGCUGUAA